AUUGUAAUUUUAUUUUUGAUUUCAUUCUCAUAUGCUCAUGAAUGGGAUGAAAAUACGAAAGUUAAAUUAUUGAAUGAAGAAUAAUAUGAUUAAUUAUGUAAAAAUCAUAAAGAGAUCUAGAAAAUGAUGAAGGAAUAUUUAUUAUGUUUUAUGCUCCAUGGUGUCCUCAUUGCAUUAAAUUAAUUCCUACUUGGGAAAUUCAAGCUUAAUAAAGAAAUACAGCAGCUGUUAAUUGUGAAUAACAUUCGCGACUUUGUUCCAGAUUCAAAAUUAAAGGUUUUCCAUCUUUGAUUUAUAUUCCACCAUAAUCUAAAUUUGGAUAUAAAUUUUUUGGUUUUUAUUAGGAUUAUUUUAAGGUAAUAGAACUAAUGAUGAAUUUGAUCUUUUUAUUAAAGAAGGUUGGUAAAAGGAGACCAUUUUAAAAAUUGAAAUAUUAUAAGAAUUUACUAUUAUAGAUUAAGUCAUUGAAUAUCUUAAAGAUCCUAUGUUUAUUGUAUAUUUUAAUAUUAAUAUUUAAGGGAGUUAUAUUAGUGAUGUUAUUUUUCAUUUUUAUGAUUUUUUGUAUGAAUAGAUUAGAUUUAGAAAAAGAGUAAAUGCAAAAAAAUAAGGAAUAAAAUGCUCAAAAAAAAUUAGAUUGA